AUGGUUGAAAAACUUGAUGCUUUUUACAUAGCAGUUGUAAUACCCUAUUUAAACUCAUUAAAAACAGCACAGCGUCUUCUCUAUGUCAGCCGUUCCUGUAAAAUUGCAAUUCUUAUGAUCCGAACAAACCCGAAUUACCGUCCACAACUUCAUUCAUCCAAAUUCCACGACUUCAUUACUGAGAUGGACACAACAUUUUCCAAAGUCGUUGAAUUAGAAAGAGAACUUCUUUUGUUUAGUGGUGUUGUGACACUUCAAGCAGAUGAUGAGACGUUAUUACAACGUCGUGACAUUGCAAUGAAAUACGACUACAUUCGACUUACUCGACAUAGUGUUGAAAGUCCCUAUUUAUUACAACAACUUAAUGAUCGACUUUGUGAUAUAAAAAUAUUAAUAAAAUCGAAUAUAACAAUCAAUUUAAGUCCAUUUAAAAACCUUCGCCGUGUCACAAUGAAGUCGAUAUACAGAACAACACAAUACACUGAAUUCUUCAAAAACACACAACAUAGAUAUUCCUUUGUAUCUCUCAGUAAGAUGUGUGGCAUUUGUGAUGAUAUGAUCACCUCUUUUGAUAAGUUUAAUAUAGAGCGCUUAGUAGUGAGUGCACCAACUACACUUAUUACAGAGUUCUUUCUAAAGUGUAAAGAAAAAAGUUUUGUGAUUUCUCCACGUGUCAUAUUUAGUAGCGACGAGUGGUGCAAUGAAGAUAUAAUAGUCGAGAAAGCGUCUGAAUUUACUGUUGGACCACAAACAGUAUCAUUAGAUGUAGCUAUGCAAUUGUACUAUCCAACAUCCGUCACCCUCUCUGCGUUCACUACAGAAAAGCACUUUGAUAUAUCAAAAUACACACAAAUAGUUGAAUUCAGUCAAGAAAAUAAUCCAUCAGUCGACUGCAUAUUACCACCUUCACUUGAAGUGUAUUGUGGAUGUGCAAUGUAUAAUACACUUCAACAUGUAAAUGUAGUUACACUCUCUAAUUGUAUUGAAACAUUUAAAUUACCACAAUCAGUCUAUUCGGCUUCUUUGAGAAGUUGUGAGUUAUGGAAACAAGAAGAAGUGUGCAAUAUAGUCUCCCUUGUUAUUGAGAAACAACACAAACUUGAAGAGGUGAAAACACUCAAUUUUUUGAGAGUUAUUAAUUUUGUGUCUUGUGAAGUUAAUAUCGACUUAUCUAAGUUGAAUAUGCUUGUUAAAGCAACUUUCACAUCAUGUGAAGUGUCACUCACUGAUAAAACAAUGGCACAUGUUAAAACACUUGUUAUACAAAACACUCAAUGGAAGUCACACUUUGUCCCAAAAACAGUCACUGCUCUUCGUCUUAUUUCGUCGUCUUUUAUGAAUAGAAAUGAUGAUAAAAUGCCUUUUGAUAUUGAAAAUAUUCAAAAUGUUGAAAUGAUUUCGACGGAUGACGUCUCGAUGCUUCGAUCACUUCCAUUGUGUGUUAAAUACAUCACUAUUAAAAGCGCACCACGGGAGUACGUCUGUGACUUGUCGAGAUUUAAAGCACUUGAAAAAGUCGGUGUCUGCAAUUGCUCGAACAUCAUAAUAUCACUGAACAAAGCGACCAAAACACUUUACGCGAUGUCGUCUUCAGUCACACAUCUCAUCAAUGCACAACUCGAAAAUAUUUACUUCAGAAGUUGUAAGGAAAUCGACUUUGAUGUAUUGCCUGAAACUGUAAAAAUACUGGAAAUUAGUCCGCCUGUUAAAACUACACAAAAAGAUAUUAACAGGUUAAAGGCAUUCCACUUAUCUUUUGUGUUCCCAAAACCUGAUGACGAUAGAAGACCAAAAAGAAAUAGAAGUAACACACCUACACCAGCACAAUACCCAAUUACUAUCACGCAUAACGUGUAA